AUGAGUAGUGUUCACGAUAUCCGCGCGCCGCGUACUGUAGCUCGCCGCGAAGCGCGCUGGGCGCGCGAUGAAAUAACCGGUUGGGGUGGUCUUCCGCUGCCGUUGCAGGCGGGCACGAAAAUAGAUUUGGAUGAUUUUGAUUUAUGUGUCAUACGUCGUAAAAUUCACGAAUUUUAUAGCGUAAAAAAAGAAAUACCAACAAUAAAAAAAUUGUGGACUGUUUUAAAAGUAGACAUAAAUUUCCCAGGGGGUAGAGAAUCAUUAAGACUGUUAUUGCACAAGAUGGGGUACAAAUUCAAAAAAUGCCGAAGCCAGAGACAAAUUUUAAUAGAAAGAUUUGAUAUUGUUGCUUGGCGUGAAAAAUACUUAACUGAAAUUGACAGCAUUCGACGAAAAAGCCGACCUAUAGUAUAUUUAGAUGAAUCAUUUAUACAUACGUCUAUAAAUUAUAACAAAUGCUGGCAAAGUAAUGAGGAACCGGGUGUGGCAGAAACUGUAUCGACAGGAAAAAGAUUUAUAAUGGUACAUGCUGGAGGAGCCACAGGUUUUGUUCCAGACGCAUUGUUGUUAUAUAAUGACAAAGAAAAAAAAAGUGACUACCACGAGUCCAUGAAUAAAGAUAAUUUUAAAAAGUGGGUCACAGAAAAACUUAUUCCCAAUCUCGACAAAAAUUCCUGUGUUGUUAUGGACAACGCAAGAUAUCAUUCUUUUCAGGUCAAUAAAGCACCUAACACUCAAUGGAAGAAGGGAACAAUUGUCAAAUGGCUCGAUGACAAUAAUAUUAGUUAUCCGCGAAAAGCAACUAUAGCCACUUUGCUAGUUAUCGUGAGGAAAAAUAAGCCCGAUCCUAAAUAUGAAAUUGACGAACUAUUAAAGGCUCAUGGCCAUACUGUGAUGCGAUUACCACCGUAUCACUGUGACUUCAACCCCAUCGAAAUGAUAUGGGGCAUAGUCAAAAAUAAAGUUGCAUCGAAAAAUGUCGCACAUGGCGGAGAAGGUUUUUUAGAUUUAGUGAAAAGCAGUUUUCAGGUACCACCACAUUAA